AGGGCGACGCGGUCGCAGAAUUCUGACGCCGCUGCAGUCUGUACAGGACGAUAAGGCGGCGGCGCCUUGGAGUGAGCGACGCGACGCCGGCGUUGGCACCGACGACUCGACCGCGUGCCGUGGCCCCACCACGCGACAAAUCCUUUGCUUAUUUUUGCGUGUGUGUAUGUGUGUGUGUGUGUGGACGCGAGACCGUAGACCACCCGCUGUCAUGGGAGCCGACAGGACGCUUCUUCUGCUCUUCUUCUUGGCGGCAACGGCGACCUUCGCCUCAUGCGCGGAUGAUAAAACUACCAAGGGUCCACUGGACUGCCCGGAGCCGGUGUGCGCCAGCAAGGACUGCAAGACAAAGGUCGGCACCGACGGCUGCCUGGUGUGCGACUGUAAGGGCGACUGCCCGCUCCUGGUGUGCGGACCCGGAUGCCACGAGGAAAAGAACGCCACGGCCAAGUGUCCCGAGUGUGUUUGCGAUGGUGACCCGAGGUCAGGACUUCCGCCGAAGCCUCCUUGCGGCGAGCUGACGUGCCCGCCCGAGUGCGAAAAAGAGACGGUGACGCCCACUCACCGAUGCCCAUGGUGCCUAUGCCCCGUUAUCACCGCCAAGCAGACCCUGUUGAAAUACGGCGAGCGGCACUGUCCCCGCGCACUACUCAACAUGGUGUUCAGGCAGGCCGACCCCCUCGCAAGGCACGUGCUUCACUUCCAAGAACAAGUCCGCCACCAAGACGGAGUCGUCCAGCAUCUACUCGCAACCAGUGGGAAGCCCGCUGAUUCAAAUGUUCCCAAACCACCAGAGUGCGUCACUCCCAAGUGUGAAGGAAAGGGCUGCAAACUCGUGCCAGGAGACCACGGAUGCCCCAGCUGCGUUUGCACAGAGGCUGGCCAGAAGAAAAAGGGCGGCAAAGCGAAGGCAUCCAAGGUGCGGGCCAUCAGCAAGAGGAACAGCACCACUCGCAAAGAGAGCUCAGAAGAAAGUCACGAGUCCAACAGCCGAGAGAGCCACGAGAACAGAACUUCCCGAAGCAGAAGGGAGCACACUAGACUCGAUCACAACGGACACAAGAACGGCCUCAGGCAUGCCAACCACACCGCGCCCAACGUGAACGGCACGGAGCUCAGACAAGUGCACCCUGUUCACACGGCCGUCCAGUGCGUGGUGCCCGUGUGCGAGCCGUACUGCAAGUACCGCCAGGGCGAGCACGGCUGCCUGGUGUGCGAAUGCCCGGACGUGUGUCCCGACAUGGUGUGCGGAGUGGGCUGCCAGCCGUACUUUACCGAUGCCAGCAAGUGCCAGAAGUGCCUCUGCGCACCUCACGCACGCCGUGAGCAGCUGGCCGAGGUGUUCGCGUCGUUCUGUUCGGAGCACACGCUGCACCGAAUGGUGGCCGACUUCGACGACUUCCGGGACACCCUGCAGCGGCUGCAGCACCGAAGCCUCGAGCUGCAAGAGCUGCUGAACCGCGUCGAGCACGCCCGAGGCAUCCACGGACCGGUGCCCGAGGAAGUCAGGGCGAGCUUCGGAAGGCAUCAUCACAACCAUCACCAACCUCUGCACCAUCAAGCCGAUCACCACUACAAGUAUCAUCCCAAGCUCGACGAAAGACACCACAAUUGAGCUUUUCCAUUUUUAUCACCGUGUUCUAUGCUUAUAGUACCGCUGUCAUUAAAGGUCCUUCACAUAUGACAAUGAAUU